GUUCCCAGACAAGGUCAGAAAGGAGAAACUCGAAUCAAAUUGCCCGAGUAGGUAAAGAAAGCAGUGUUACCUCUCUCAGAAGCAAUGGUCGCAAUCUGAGCAAUGGGGAAGAAUCUUUGCGCCGAAAUGAGGUGUGGGAUGAGCUUUUUUGGGCAUGUAGAUUUGAGACACCCACCCACGUUAUCUUGGUGUGGCGUGUGGCUACUAGUCUCUGUACGAUUGGAUCAAGACCAAUGAGUUUAAGCAAUGAAAAUUUCAUUAUUGCCUCUGCCCUGUCCGGCUAUUAUGCCUAUUUGGUGGCUUUUGCUCCAAGGUUGAUAUGCACUAAUGCUACCGUUUCUAUGUUUAUAUUUGAUCAAGUAAUCAAGGAAGCCAGAGGUAUUCCAUUGAGCAGCGUUUUAGAUAAUGAUAUUUACCAAAAGCUUAUGAAUCAGCCGGAUAGAGGAGGUCACAGAAUCAUUCAAAGGGGUGCAAGGCUUGCAAAUGAUCUGCAACAAAUACAAAAUCGUGAAAGGGAUUUCUUAUGGAAGGUCUUGGCGGAUUUCUGGGCGGAGUACAUGUUACUCCUAUCUCCCUCUGGUGAUCCAAUGGCCCAUGUAGAACACCUAGCCAAAGGAGGAGAGUUUGUGACUCACUUGUGGCUUUGCUCUCGCAUGCAGGCAUUCUCAACAAUGGCUCAACUAUGCAAUUCUAAAAAUGGUCCCUUUACUUUGUGUGUCACCAUUUUUAAUGUCAUUGGACCACAUGCGUCUCUGGAGUGAAAAAAACUAGCUGUGCUUUAUAAGUUGUAAUUAAACAAAUGUGAUGUAUCAAUUCAUGGGUAUAUGUAUGAUAUAUAAAUGAAUAUCUCCUGU